UUGGGGCCGUCGUUGCGCACCGACUGUGUUCGUCUCACCGAGAGCAGGUAGGUUUGGCUACAAUGCGGUGGUUGCUGCAGGGAAGGGUUAGUUUGUGUAAAUGUAAAGAAAGGUUUGAUUUUUUUCAGCAGAGAUGUGGUUUAGUUAACGUAAAGUUGAAAUGGGUGAAAGAUAAAGAACUUGAUGCUGUUGUGAUUCGUGAAAGGCAUCUUAAGGCAGUUUGUAAUCUCGUUUCGGUGAUUUCGUCUUCUCCUGAUUUGAGACUACCCAUCUUUAAGCUUUUGCCUCACCGUGGCCAGCUUGGUUUACCUCAAGAUCUUAAGCUUUCUGCUUUUAUACGGAGAUACCCCAAUAUUUUUGUGGAGCAUUGUUAUUGGGAUAGUGCUGGUACCCGUGUUCCUUGCUUCGGUUUAACGCGUGAGGCGAUGGAUCUUUAUUGCGAAGAAGCUGAUGUUUUAAGGGUGAGUAGUAGUAUAGGGGAUGAUGUUCUAGUGAGGCUGUGUAAACUUCUUAUGCUUACUUGUGAAAGAACACUUGCUCUACAUUCCAUUGAUCAUCUCAGGUGGGAUUUGGGUUUGCCCUAUGAUUAUCGAGAUUCAUUGAUUCCUAAGCACCCGGAUUUGUUCUGUUUGGUGAACUUGUCUAGCGACCUUGUUGGUCUGAAAUUGAUACAUUGGGAUGAUAGCCUCGCUGUUUCCAAACUGCAACUGAGAGAGGACGUUGCAGAUAAUGAUCAUAUGGCCUUCCCUGUGAAAUUCACGAGAGGGUUUGGAUUGAAGAGGAAGAGCAUACAGUGGCUCCAAGAAUGGCAGAGACUCCCUUAUACGUCACCUUAUGUUGAUGCAUCUCAUUUGGAUCCAAGAACUGAUUUGUCUGAGAAGAGAAAUGUCGGAGUGUUUCACGAACUUCUUCAUCUAACAAUCGGGAGAAAGACGGAGAGGCAAAACGUUAGCAAUCUUCGUAAACCGUUUGCACUUCCCCAGAAGUUCACCAAAGUAUUUGAGCGUCACCCUGGUAUUUUCUACAUUUCUAUGAAAUGUGAUACACAGACAGUGAUCCUUAGAGAAGCAUAUGAUAGGCGGCAUCUCAUUGAAAAGCACCCUCUCGUUCAAAUCAGGGAAAAAUUCGCAAACAUGAUGAAUGAAGGGUUUUUGGAUACAAGUCGGGGACUGGGGCAGAACAGUAGCAAGACAGUUUCUCCAGUUUGGUCUGACGAAGAAGAAGAAGAAAAAGAAGAAAAACGUCGGACAAUAAUCUGAUUUCUGGAUAUGACUCUGAUUGUCCUGCAGUUGAAGAACAUAAACGCCUGUUUUAGUUGUGAGUUCUGUGUUCCAGUGGAAACAAAUAACAGGCACAAGUUCUUUGUUACAGUGGUACCCAAACCAAGACAUUGCAGAAGAUCCACAUUCUGUAGCAGCCUGAGCUUUCGGCGUCAAUUGGGGUUCUCCAUCUAAAGUCAGUCACUGAAUCACCUGUGAUGGAACGCAACAGACGACUUUCUCAAGUGAGCUUUUAGCAUUAUAGCUAGCAAACAAAAGCUGGUUUAUUGGUGCGUGCCACAACGAGGACAUAGCACUUGCACUUAGGAAUUGUCAUGUUUGAAGUGUGCAUACACUCCCUUUAGUCACAUUUGAUUAUUGGUGUUUUCCGAAAGAUGAUUAUUGGUCUAAGGCAUACAUUUGAUUGUUAAUAGUGAGUUUGUUCUAUAUUUUUCCUUUAAAUUGCUCCCUUAACAUAGAACAAAUUCAAACC